AUGCCAGGAAGUUUUCUUCCGUUAUAUUUCAAUACUCAAAAUGCAGCAAUUUUAAUUGAAAUCGAAGAGAACAACAUUGAUCAGCCGCUAAUUUCAUCCUGGCAAGUUUUAUUGCCAACUGCAGAAAUUACUUCUUCGUUUCGUUCUCAUUUUUCUUGCUUUUCAGUAACAACAUACAGAUUAAAUGAUCGAUCCCAAUUGACUUCCAACGUUCAUUGUGAAUUGUUAGCAGAUUUUAUGUGUAACACCAUUGAAUAUUCUAAAUCUACUAAAGCCUCACGACAAUGCGAUAAAAUACGUGAUGUACCGGAAUCUCAUUAUGUAUGUCAAUGGUGGAUUCAACAGUUUCAAGAUAUUAAAAUCGAAAAUAACUCCUAUAGUUCUAUUCAAUUCAAGAAAAAACAUCGUGAUCAUAUAAGAUGGCAGAAGGCCAAAAUACCUUUUCGACGUUCCGGUUUAUGGUUGACUAUGAAAGUAGUGUUUCAGAUGAUUUUAACCAAACGUUUGAUAGAUGAUGGUACUCUUAUUUAUAAAUUAUUGAUUACUCAUUUUUUAACAUAUGUUGUUUGCCAAACAUAUUCUACAAUAUCGGUUGAUUUAUUAAUUUAUUGUGUUCGAAAAAUUGUUCGAAGAUUAAAUAAAAUCGAAAAUAUGUUAUCGCACACAUUGUCAAGUGAUAUAAAUGAAUGGGUGCAAUCUAUGAAACUAGACAUACGAAUGAAAAUUGAACAAAUUCUUCCAAAAUCAGAUUGGCAAAAAUUCAUUAAAUCCAAUGAAGGAACGAAUCGAAAAUUACUUAUGACUAAAUUCGAAUUUCUUAAAGGGGAUAUUUAUCAACAUUCGUGCGAAGACUUAAAAGCUUAUCUUAAUAAUCAAAUUCCAAAAAAAACAAUGACAUUUUUGCCAGGAAUGAAGAAAUAUGAUGUUAAGAGUAACGUUAUGCAAGAUGAUUACAUACCAUCAGUUAAAGAAUUAACAGAAAAAUUCAAUUAUACCAUUGGAACAAGCUUGACUCGAAUGGAAAUUUGGGUUGAAUCACGUUUAGAUAAAUGGAUUAAUCGUUCGGAAGUAUUCUUCCUUGAAACAAAUCGACUUGAAGCUGUGUUAAACUUCUUCGAAGACUAUCAAAAUGCAGCAUUAAAUCAUUAUUGGUCAGACAAGGGUCCAACAGAUCCUAUAGGUUAUAGUCGACACAUUUUAACAUCAUUAACGAUUAUUCGGUCAGUACAUCAAAAAUUAUGUAACGAUCAAAGAUUUGAACGACUCAAACAACAUUCUAUUAACAUUCCAAAUCUUAUGAAAUUGUUCGAGAUUUUAAUUAUACCAAAUCGAGAAGAUAUGAUUCGUGUUUCGAGUCUUAAAGAUUAUUUUAGUGAAUUUACUCAUAAAAAAUAUCCUGACCUUUUAUCAACCAUAGACGAUGUCGAUGCAUUCGGUGUAUAUUAUGCUUCUCAAUCGCCGCAGAUGAAUGAAAGUAUACAGAAAAUUCGAGUUCAAGCAGAAUUUGAUAAACAACAGAAAAUACGAGAAGUCAAAAGUGAAAAAGAAAGAUACGCAAAACUUAUGAAUUCGAUAAAAGGUCUUCCUUGUACAUGUACCUAUAAACGUGGUUAUUAUCAAACAUGUCACAGUUGUUGCACUAGAAAACAAGCUGAAAACAUUCGCGUACAUAUUUACGAAUGCCCAUUACCAAAAAAUCGUGACAGUGCACUGGCUGUUAUUUUCGAAUUACAGAUGCCCAUUGAAAUCCGAUAUUAUCGGGAUAUUAUCUGGCAGUUUGUGAAUCGACCAAACCCAAAUCCAAAACAUAAAAUGCAUGAAUGGCUAAGUUCUAGUCCUCAUCGUCAGAAGUUAGAAUCUUACUUUAUUGGUCCGUCUUACUACACAGUAAAAUUAGUCUCAGCCCAUAAAUCUGUUACAGAAACUCAUUAUUCUUCUCCACCAUUCGUUACAACUGCAUCUAUUGAAGCAUUUUUAUUUGAAAAUAGUUUGACUGUUGAAAUCUUACCAACACAACCGAUUCAAUUGCUAGACGAACGUCGCAUAUUAACGCCACAACUUGAUCAUCCAGAUUACAAACAAUUACAAUUUACUAUAGAUGCUACACAGUUUGUUCAAAAUGAUGUCAUUGCUAAUCUAUCGAAUUGUUCGGCAAAACUUAAACCUAAUCAAUUUAUAGAAUUCGGUUCAUUUCGAUCAGGUCACCGAUUACAAUGGUGGAAUCUUUUAGCGCUUUUUGAAAUGGACUCAUUACCCAUUUAUGAAGAAAGUGUAACAAUCCUGAUAACACAUUCAAUACUACAAUGCGGCCCAUGGACAACUGAUGGUAUUUCAUCUAGUAACUUUUGGUGUUCGGAAGCCCAUGAAUACUUAUUAGAAGAUCAUUUCGUCGAUGAAUUGAUUAUAAGGCUAGAUUGUCGUUUAGAUGAUUGUGAAUUAAAUUGGCAAAAUGAAUUAGUGUUAGUAACGAUUACGAUGAUUACGAUGAGAAUUUUAACAAUUUGUAAUUCAAUCAGACAAGAUAAAGUUGCUGAUUUAGUGAUUAAAUGCCGCAGAAUCGGUGAGAGAUGGAUUUCUCUAAUUUCAGAGAAUAUCAAAAUCUUAUCGCCCUCUGCUUUUGAUAAAAUCGAUCAACUUCGUAUGAAAAUUGCAAUUAUUGGCAUUUCAUGCAUCAUAACAUUUUCAACUCACUCUGAUCGAUUGCACUAUUUAUUAUCAUCGACUGAACAUAUACUAUCUCUAUUGAAAGCAGCAACUACUAUUCACGAUAAUGUUAUUCUAAACAACAAUAAAUCUAGUAUAAGUACAUACAUCAGAAAUAUUAUGAGAUAUAGUGAACAUAUCUUAGUACGAGUACAACCAACAAUUGCUGAGUUGCUUCGAAAAUCUUCUUAUCAAGCUUUAAAUGAUUUUGCUGCCAUCUAUUGGGCUCCUAUUCGGAGCAAAGGUACUAUGAAUGGCAAGUGGAAAAAACGAAGGCAAGAUCCCUUUGAUGGUUGGUAUGAUUGCCGAUAUGAAUCAAGAUAUAUAUCGAUCGAUUGUAUUCGAGGAACAUUCUUAGUCGAUGAUAUGUCUAUAGGAUUUUUACCUGAAAACAUAACAAGGAAUGAAUUAUUUAUACGUGUUUUUCGUAAUCAUAUAUUUGAAGUUCAACUAGCUGAAUCACCUAAAACUUAUAUUACUAAAAAUUUAUAUCAUGACAAUGGAAGAGUUCAAUAUGAAUUCUAUUUCAACGAUGAAACUAAAUGUUUGAGAAUUAUUGAACGACAUAUACACACAAAUGAAAAAUUUCAAUUAAUUACUCAUGUUUGUUUUGAGAAAGAAUUGCCUGACACGUUUGUCUCCAAACACAGUCAUUGGUUGAACAUAAAAACCCAGAUCGUUGAAUUUCGACCGAUUCAUUUUAAAGAACCUGAUUUUUUAGAUAACAGACCUUAUAUAUUAUCAUUGAAAAAUGGAUAUCUUAUUACUACCACAGAUAAUAAUUCACAAAUUUUGAUUAAUCAGUCCUCAAAAUUCUUUCAAGCACUAUUUUAUUUAUACUUUAAUCGUCUUGACGAUGCCCCAUACAUUUACAUGAUGCGUGGCAAUAUCUCUCAGACCGAUAAAAUUGUUUAUAUAUAUUUAUCUCGCUUAGGUAUCGCUUUUGAAUAUAAUUCUAGAACUCACAUUAUAAAAUCUCGUGAAUAUUCCGAUAUGUGUAUUGAUAAAGAUCAAUGGCUGGGGACUUUAACAGGUUUAAAAUGUGGUCUUCUCUUAUCACCAUUACCUGUCAAUAACUAUAUAUUGAAUCAUUAUCCUUAUCGAAAAUUAAUCGUACCUUUUGGCACUGUUCAAAGUAAAGAAAAUACGUCCACAAGCCAUCAGAUUACUACAAUAGUUCGACCAACUAAUAUGUCGUUUUCUUGUCAAUAUUUUGUUUUUAUUCUCAAUGAUCGAUUAAAAAUACUUCAAUCAACAGAUAGUCCCACCGGAUGGUUGUACUUAGCCUUGUUACAUGCAAUGACUUCUCAUCCUUUACCAGAUGAAUAUUCAGGUAUGACUGGAAUGGAACGAGCUUUUCAAUUACUAAAUUCAGCUGGCAGUUAUUCAGAUCAACCUUUUGAUAAACUAUCAUUACAUAUUCUCAGUCAAAUCGCAUCGAUUUCACCAAAGGUUAAUUAUUAUCCAAAAAAAACGACUUCUAUGGAACAAGUAGACUGGAGUUCAAAUGGCUUACCUUAUUCGAUGCAACAUUUCGGUUAUUAUUUUAUAGCCAAAAAACUAAUCGAAAGUAGUCAACUGUUCAAUUUUAUGUACCCAUCAAUUAGUUUAAAUAAAAUGCCCGAACUAUUUGAAGGAAAAGUAUACAAUGAAGUCUUAUUGGCAAAACUAUAUUUGGACUAUCGUGAUUCAUAUAAUCCUACAGCGAGAUUAUCUAUUGAGAUGGAAGCUAAUAUUUUACCUACUAAUUCAACGACAUUGUAUUGUUCAUCUUCAGAAUAUUGUUCGCAUGUCACAAACUACAAUGCUGUUUGUCUCGUAGACGAUUUAUACAAUUAUGGAUGUGUAGAUCUUCGAGAUUGUUCAAAACAGCAUUGGUUACCCUUGUCUCAAUGGUUGACUGAUGAAAAUAAUUUGAAAAAUAUAUGGAUCGGUUUGCUAAAAAUGGUUGAUCAUCUUAAAACAGAAACAGGUGAGAAAUAUAUGGACGAUGUUAAACGAUUCGAAAGCUUGUUAGACUUUCUUCAUUAUAUUUCUGGUAAACGUAAAAUCAAUCCCUUUUAUUUACAAAUGUUAAAGACAGCGUUGAAGAUUUCUUCUAUAUCGCUAAGAUCCGUCGAGUUUCCUGCUUUUGAAUCUUAUGAACAUAUUGAAAAAACCGAUAUUGAUGAUCUGUUCGACUCUUUUCUAACUGAUUUUACUUCAAACCAGCGCAGAAAAAUUAUAGCAGAAAUUCAGCACUCUUUUAAAUAUAGCGCUAGGUUUCAAGAUCACGAUAACCUACUAACCAAUAGUGAAAUACACCAAAUAAAUGCACAAUUGCGAUCUCGCCGAGCUAACGCAAAACUUCGAGCAUUUUUACAAGUUAUUCAACGUCUCAUUUGUUCCCUUCCGAUACAACAGUUUCAUGCUCAAGUACCAUAUUAUCCUCAAAGAUUUGCAUGUGAGCUUGGUAAAAAUCAUUAUGAAAUACGAAUAAAACCUAUAGAAAGAUUAAUCGAUCCAAUGCUUUUACGAACUGCUGAAAACAAGUUUCAUGAUUACAAUUCAGUGGAUCUAAAUCAAACAGUUUUUGUUCGAAGAUCUGAUCAAAGAAAUGAAUUUCCAGAAGAAAUUUUUUCUUCUAUUACUAAGCAAAACAAUGAUCUAAGCGAAAUUAUGAAUUAUUUUAAAAAUCAAUUAUCUCAAAGUUGGAAAAAAUUUCUUUCGGAUAAUGAGUAUGAAGAAGGAUAUUCUUCACUUAAAAAAAUUAUUCAACUUCUUCACUCUUUUCGGGAAGAAUCUGCCUGCUUUUGGAAUGAAUUAUUAAGUUCUAUAAAAUUAUCCAAUGAGCAAUUACUUGAAACAGGUCUAAUUUUAAGAAUGACACCAACAACUCUAAUACCUUUACUUCAACAAAAAGAUUCAUCUCGUUCUCUACUAACGGAGGAUCAUUGUACGAUACUCGGCGGUAUUAUUGUCAAUUGGACAUUAGAACAACAAAUCGAACGUAUUUUGUAUUUUGCAAUUCAUAAAAAGUGGGAAGAUUUCAAAAAAGAAAUAUCUCAUACGCCACAUUCAAUUUGGAAACCAUCGGAACAUAUUUCUUGGCUUAUCUUAGAAUUAGAAAUGAAUAUAACUAUUCGAGAGAUUCAGAUUAAAGUAGCACAACAUAUGNGAUCAUAUAUUUAA